CCGGAAGCCGCCGGAUCGUGAGGGAGUCGGGUCGUGGAGCGCUUUCGCCCCGUGCCGAGGUUCGCCCAGCGCGGGCUUGGCCCAGCCCUCCUCUCCCUUCAGCGCCGGGCGGUCGUGAGGCCCUGGUCUCCUCCUGAGGCUGACCCCUCUGUCGUGGGAACCUGCAGAUUGUGGUGCGGGCUGCGGAAGUGCUGAGAGCUGGUCUUGCCGUGGAGCGAUGGCCGCAGGGAAGCACCCGGCCGUGCUGGGCUCCGGGAGUCCGCGCCAGCCGUGGCGACUGCCCGCCGACGGACACCCCGCCCCGGGCUGCUACCUGAGGUAAAUUUUUCCAUAGCCUUAUGGAGAAAAAGGACUUUGAAGCAUGGCUUGAUAACAUUUCUAUUGCAUUUCUUUCUCUGACGGACUUGCAGAAAAAUGAAACUCUGGAUCACCUGAUUAGCUUGAGUGGAGCAGUCCAGCUCAGGCACCUCUCCAAUAAUCUAGAGAUUCUGCUCAAGAGGGACUUCCUCAAACUUCUUCCAUUGGAACUUAGUUUUUAUCUGUUAAAAUGGCUUGAUCCACAGACCUUACUCACAUGUUGCCUCGUCUCUAAGCAGUGGAACAAGGUUAUAAGUGCCUGUACAGAGGUGUGGCAGACUGCGUGUAAGAAUUUGGGUUGGCAGAUAGAUGACUCUGUUCAGGAUCCUCUACAUUGGAAGAAGGUUUACCUAAAAGCUAUUUUAAGGAUGAAGCAACUGAAGGACCAUGAAGCCUUUGAGACAUCCUCUUUAAUUGGACACAGUGCCAGAGUAUAUGCACUUUACUAUAGAGAUGGACUUCUGUGUACAGGAUCAGAUGACUUGUCUGCAAAACUGUGGGAUGUAAGCACAGGUCAGUGCAUAUAUGGUAUCCAGACACACACUUGUGCUGCAGUGAAGUUUGAUGAACAAAAGCUUGUAACAGGAUCUUUCGAUAACACAGUAGCCUGUUGGGAAUGGAGCUCUGGGGCAAAGACACAGCAUUUCAGAGGACAUACUGGUGCAGUUUUUAGUGUGGAUUACAAUGAUGAACUUGAUAUUCUGGUCAGUGGCUCUGCAGACUUCACUGUGAAAGUGUGGGCCUUAUCAACAGGAACGUGCCUGAAUACCCUUACUGGACACACAGAAUGGGUCACUAAGGUCGUUUUGCAGAAAUGCAAAGUCAAAUCUCUUAUGCAUAGUCCUGGGGAUUAUAUUCUCCUAAGUGCAGAUAAGUAUGAAAUCAAGAUUUGGCCUAUUGGAAGGGAAAUAAACUGCAAAUGCUUAAGAACGCUGUCUGUUUCUGAAGACCGCAGCAUCUCCCUACAGCCCAGGUUGCACUUUGAUGGUAAAUACAUAGUGUGCAGUUCAGCACUAGGAUUGUACCAGUGGGACUUUGCCAGCUAUGAUAUUCUCAGGGUUAUCAAACCUCCAGACUUCUCAAAUGUGUCGUUGCUGGGCUUUGGAGAGAUAUUUGCUCUACUGUUUGACAACAGAUACCUGUACAUAAUGGACUUGAGGACAGAAAAAUUGAUAAGCCGCUGGCCUUUACCAGAAUAUAGAAAGUCAAAGAGAGGCUCAAGCUUCUUGGCCGGUGAAAUGUCUUGGUUAAAUGGACUAAAUGGCCAAAAUGAUACGGGGUUGGUUUUUGCUACCAGUAUGCCAGAUCAUAGUAUCCAUUUGGUGUUAUGGAAAGAACAUGGCUGAAAGCUCUCACAUACUGAAUCUUCAGGAAUUUAUGGAAUUUAUGGCCUAUCAGCAGUGUGUUCAUAAAACGAGACUUUGCAUGAACCAAAGUUGCACAUCCAAUGGUAUCACCAUGCAAUGCACAAUCAUUUACUUUUAUUUGGGCAUUUGGGAAUGGGUUGUUUUGGAAAGAAUUCAAUGCAGCAUGCUAACAGUAUUCACCACAAAUUUUUGUCUAUAUACAUGUUUAAAUAUACCUAUUUGGGCUCUGAAGUAUAGCUUGUAAUGUUUAAACCAUUCAAAUCUGCUACCAAGUCUGAAAUCAAGUUGUGCUUGACCUGACUGACCUUUUUUUGGUUGUUGAAACAGAAGGUGAAGCUGCUUUUUUAGAACCAUAGGCUUUUGUCUAACAGCAAAUAUUUGUUGCAGUGCAUGGCUGCUUAACAAAAAUGAGAAAACAGCAAACCUUCUCUCUCUUCAGAUCUUUCUCUUCAAAAUGUUUUUCCGUAUGAUAGCUUUAAAUACUUAGCCUUUGAAACAGAAGAAUCAAACGAAUCCUUUAACAAAUACUUGUCCACCUAUUUUUGUGCUAUUUGACAUGUACUUAAAAGCUGUAUCGACAUCACAUGCUUUAGAAAUGCUUUAGGUUGACCCUCCUUCCUGUCUUCCUUCCUUCCUCCCUCCCUCCUUCCUGCCUUAAUGUCAUUUGUUUUUACACAACUUGAAAACCUGCGUUUUCAUGAAAAUUGGCUCAUGCUCUUGAAAAGACAAAACUGUCUAGCAUUACUAGUGAUUUUUUUCUUCCCGCUAUUCAAGGAGACCUGAUUUCAUACUUAAUCAUGAAGGCCAAGAUUCCCAAAUGUAUGUGGUAUGAAUUACACCAAUGAAAGAGAGUUUUCAUAUGCAAGAAUCAGUAUUUGAGUGAUGCUGUAGGAGUUUCUUAAAGUCACAGAGGAGCAGUCUCUUAAGUACAAGGCCAGACUCUUAAGCAUUCAGUUUUUCCACCUUUACUCACAUCAAUUUCCUUUGAAAAAUGUUAUCUAUACUCAAGGAUCUUAUCAACUGGAAGCCAAAUUCACAACCCUCAAUUCAAACUGCACUGUGUGGGGCAUAAAUGAUGAGCUCACAAAAGUGAGAUUUUGUUGUCUCACUCCUAAGUAAAAAAAGCUUCAGUGAAAAAGAAUGUUUUCAAUAACUUCAAUAACUUGUCUUGAAACCCAGUUCUCAGCAUUCUUGAUGUGGGAGUAACAUAACAGUAUCAUUAUGAUGUGCACUUCUGAAAGAACCACCUGUACAGCACUGCAUUAACUUUGAAAGAUUAAAUAGAGGCAUGCCAGAAA